AUGACCACUCGUGCUGAGCGCGGAGGGUACAUGUGGAUUUUUCAAGCAGAUCUACUUGUUCCAGUGGCUAUAGGACCAGUAAUCGGAGGCGCAAUUGCUGGGUCAUUGGGAUGGAAGGCCAUAUUUUGGUUCUUGACAAUUUAUAGCGGUGUAUUUCUUUGCUUGCUGAUUUUUUUGUUGCCAGAGACGUUGCGCUCGAUUGUCAAGAAUGGCAGUCAGUUACCAUCGAACUUGUUGAUGCGGUAUCCAUUAAAAGUCUAUCAGAAGACCAGCAAAGUUGAAUGGCAAAAAGCAACAGUAGGUGAUCAAUCAGCACCCAAGAAACACGUUGAUGUCAUAGGACCGCUACGAAUACUGUUGAGCAACCAUGCGGCGCCCACCAUCAUCUUUCUUGCUGUCUACUGCGCAGUUUGGCAAAUGAGCACCACCGCCAUGUCAUCUCUUUUCAAGACUCGGUACGGUCUAACCGAGAUUCAAAUCGGAUUGACCUUCAUUGCGAAUGGUGUUGGAUCAAUGGUUGGAACCUUGAUAACAGGCAAGAUCCUUGACAAAGAUUACCGCCGCGUCAAGGCGAAAUAUGAGUCUUCCCUGGACUCCGAACGCGGAGAGAGUAGGCAAGAAGAAGACUUUCCCCUGGAAAAAGCUCGUCUGAGACUUGUACCUACUUUCUCUCUUCUGCAAUGUCUUUCUAUCCUUCUGUUCGGCUGGACAAUACAGUAUCCCCACAAGGUUCAUAUUGCGGUCCCUAUUGUGUCAACUUUUAUAACGGGCUGGACCGCUGUUUCAACACAAUCUCUUAUCAUGUCUUAUUUAGUGGAUAUUUUUCAUGAUAGGAGCGCAGCGGCCGGUGCUAGUCUGAAUCUUGCGAGGUGUUUGUUCGCCGCUGGGGGGACGAGUUUCGUCAUGCCGAUGAUUAAUGGUGUUGGAGUUGGAGUGGCAUUUACUAUUUGUGCUGCUGUUCAAGUUGUGGCAUUGGUAGGCCCAUUGGUUCAAUACAAGUUUGCUACUGGAUGGAGGCGGGAGGAAAACCGAGAUAGUUUUCCUCUCCAUCGUAGUGAAAAAGAAGAUGUCUUAGGGCUAGGGCACAUACUUUCGAAGCCCUACGAUAAGAACAUCGUGAACUACCGUACACUCACACUUCUAACUGCGGGAGCACUGUGCCUCUUUCCUCAUUUACCUGAUGCCAUAGUCGCCUCAAACUCAAACUCCAUGUCUACCGACGACGCACGCCCGUCAAAGCGUGCUCGACAGGCUUGCGAGCCAUGCCGGAGGAAACGCAUGGCUGACAUAGAAAGUAGGCUGGAAGCCAUGAUGGACCGCUUCGAUCGGGAGUCUGUUCGAUCUAUCAUACCGUCCUCGAGAGCAACUUUUCGGAAUAGGCCAGCUUACUCUGAACCUGUUGAGGACAUGUCAGACCAAGAAUCCAUCUUUCGAAAUAAACAAGCACUUCUGUCCGCCUCGCGCCUCUUCUUGACUUACUGCAACUACCAGCCACUUCCGUUAUUCCAUCCCGAAAGCUUCUUUGCUUCUCUUGAUGCUCGCGAUACUGAACUUCUAGAUGCAAUUCAAGCUCUAGCAUUAAGGUUCAGUGAUGAAGGGAUUACAGAUCCUAAUAUCGAGCAACAAAUUAGACUUCGAACGGAAAGCUGUCGCAAACGAGUUAUGGAGCGUGUUGCCGAUGGAACCAUAGAGCUGAGCACAUUGCAAUCCUUAUGCCUGCUUAUUCUGAUUGAAUACACGGCUGGGAAUAUGAUCCGAGCUGGCACCAAUUUGAAGCUUGCUAGUUACCUGCUCAAAAGCCUGAAGCCGAACUGUUCGGAAAUGCCGAGAAACUUGGAAAAGGUGAGAGAUGAAGUUGAGCUUUACCACAGGAGCAUUCAUAUACUUUGCAAUUUGCUUGAUGACCCCUCUCAGCUGAGUGUAACUGCGCCUGGAAAUCUACCGUACGGGUUUCCCCUGCAAGAACAAAGGGGAUUCUCGGAACCAAAAGGAGAUAAUGGUUUGAUUGCUCAUGCCAUCCGCCUCAGUGAUGUAUGGAAAUUAGCAAGAAUAUACGCUAGCACUCGCAUUGAUCAGGAAUCUGCUCCUCCCUGGUCUCCACAAUCAGACUGUUCAAUCAUCACAUUCAGCCAUAUGGAGACGGAGAGUAAAACUCCGCUCAAAUAUAGACUGCAUGCUAGCCGAUUUCCAGACACAUCGCCCGCGGAUCUAAUGGCAAAAAGGGAAUAUUGGGGCCCUUGGCUCUUCUUCCAACUAGCUUGGCAUGCUAUACCUUGCAUUCUCAAUCAUCCAUUGUUACUCUCGAUACGCCUGAAGAACUUUCGACAUACAAUGCCGCAGUCUUUCUUGCGAAACUCCUUUGGGCAGAUUACUCUACACACAGGCUGGAUCUUGUAUUUUGUUGACCUGCUCGAAACAAAGCAAUACGAAAUCUUAGAUCCGACGUUGAGUCAGUGUGUAGCAAUCGUUGCGACAAUCUAUCUGCAGCACAGUUUUGUUGACGAGCUGACAUUCAGAGAAAAAGCACAAGCCGGAUUUGAGAAGUGCAUGAGAUUCCUACGGCGAAUGGCAUUGAGAUGGCCUCAUAUUAAAAGACAGGUACGAAAUCUGCAGCAAUUGAGAGAUAGUUUCUCUGCCAGUGACGUACAACAACAACAACAACAAGACCCGACCUUACAACCCACACAUGGCUCGGGCCGUCAGUGGCUUUACAACGUUAGUCUGCUAAGUCAAAUACUUGAAUGCAAUAAUGCUGGCCAGGCUUACGAUUCGCCGGGGGACAUUUUCGGUCCAGUUCUCGCCAGAGAUAGAGCUGCCUAUGCUUCCACCACGGCUAACAUCACACCGGAUCCAGAUUUUACUUUUAUCGGAGUACGAGGAAUCUCGGGGCAUAAGACCGUUGCCAAAGAGGCGGCAACUUACCCACCAGAUCAGCUGCAACCACAAAUCGAUCUGGAUAUGUACCAUGUUUUACCCAGUGCGCCUAUUGACCUGUCCAAUUUGAUGGGCAAUGGACAUGUCCCCAUGUGCCCUAUUUAG